CGCCCGCCCGAGCCGGAGUUACAAGAGCCGCCUCCGCGCACGGGGGCCCGGCCACUCGGAGCUGCUCUGCCGCGGGGACUGCACCGCCCGCCCUGCCAGACCCGCCCGGAACGGGGCUCGUCGCCACCAGUAGCCGCAGCACCGCAGCCUUGGGCCUCGCGCCGGCUAUGGCCGUGCCCUGGGGCUGAGCCCUCAGGUUGUGACCGAGAUUCCCGACGAGAGAGACUGAGGGGAAGAGAGGAAGGAGGGGCGGGCUCCUGGCAAGGCAUUCGCUCCUGAGCGGAAUCCUGCAAAGAUGGAGAAGGAGGAGGAGACAACCCGGGAGCUGCUGCUGCCCAACUGGCAGGGUAGCGGCUCCCAUGGGCUGACCAUCGCCCAGAGGGACGACGGCGUCUUUGUGCAGGAGGUGACGCAGAACUCCCCUGCGGCCCGCACUGGGGUGGUCAAGGAGGGGGACCAGAUUGUGGGUGCCACCAUCUACUUUGACAACCUGCAGUCGGGUGAGGUGACCCAGCUGCUGAACACCAUGGGGCACCACACGGUGGGCCUGAAGCUGCACCGCAAGGGGGACCGCUCCCCCGAGCCUGGCCAGACCUGGACCCGUGAAGUCUUCAGCUCCCGCAGCUCUGAAGUGGUUCUGAGCGGAGAUGAUGAGGAGUACCAGCGCAUCUACACCACGAAGAUCAAGCCACGGCUGAAGUCGGAAGAUGGAGUGGAAGGAGACCUUGGGGAGACCCAGAGCCGCACCAUCACGGUGACCAGAAGGGUCACGGCCUACACUGUGGAUGUGACCGGCCGGGAAGGAGCCAAGGACAUAGACAUCAGUAGCCCUGAAUUCAAGAUCAAGAUUCCAAGACAUGAACUGACUGAAAUCUCCAAUGUGGAUGUGGAGGCCCAGUCUGGGAAGACCGUGAUCAGACUGCCCUCGGGCUCGGGGGCAGCCUCCCCGACAGGCUCUGCUGUGGAUAUCCGAGCAGGGGCCAUUUCUGCUUCAGGACCAGAGCUCCAAGGUGCUGGCCACUCGAAGCUCCAGGUCACCAUGCCUGGGAUAAAGGUGGGAGGCUCAGGUGUCAAUGUCAGUGCAAAGGGCCUGGACUUGGGUGGCAGAGGAGGGGUCCAAGUUCCGGCAGUGGACAUUUCAUCUUCUCUUGGGGGUGGGGCAAUAGAGGUGCAGGGCCCACCUCUGGAGAGUGGUGAUCAUGGCAAAAUUAAAAUUCCCACCAUGAAGGUGCCAAAAUUUGGUGUCUUGACAGGGCCUGAGGGCCAGACACCAGAGGCAGGGCUGAGAGUUUCUGCACCUGAAGUCUCUGUGGGGCACAAGGGUGGCAAGCCAGGCUUGACUAUCCAAGCCCCUCAGCUGGAAGUCAGUGUGCCCUCUGCCAAUAUUGAGGGCCUUGAGGGGAAGCUGAAGGGCCCCCAAAUCACUAGGCCCUCACUUGAGGGUGACUUAGGCCUGAAAGGUGCCAAGCCACAGGGGCAUAUUGGGGUGGACGCCUCUGCUCCCCAAAUUGGGGGUAGCAUCACUGGCCCCAGUGUGGAAGUUCAGGCCCCUGACAUUGAUGUUCAGGGGCCUGGGAGCAAACUGAAUGUGCCCAAGAUGAAAGUCCCCAAGUUUUCCGUAUCAGGUGCAAAGGGAGAGGAAACUGGGAUUGAUGUGACACUGCCUAUAGGGGAAGUGACUGUUCCUGGGGUCUCUGGGGAUGUCAGCCUGCCUGAGAUUGCUACUGGUGGGCUGGAAGGAAAGAUGAAAGGUACUAAAGUCAAGACUCCUGAAAUGAUUAUUCAGAAACCUAAAAUCUCCAUGCAGGAUGUGGAUCUGAGCCUUGGGUCUCCUAAACUGAAAGGAGAUGUUAAGGUUUCUGCUCCUGGGUUGCAAGGUGAUGUUAAAGGCCCUCAAGUGGCACUUAAAGGCUCCAGAGUGGACAUAGAGACACCAAACCUAGAGGGAACCUUGACAGGCCCUAGGCUUGGCAGUCCUUCCGGGAAAACCGGAACCUGUAGGAUCUCUAUGGCAGAAGUAGACUUAAAUGUGGCUGCACCUAAAGUGAAAGGGGGUGUAGAUGUCACACUCCCCAAAGUAGAAGGGAAAGUCAAAGUCCCUGAAGUUGAUGUCAAAGGCCCCAAAGUGGAUGUCAGUGCGCCAGAUGUCGAAGCACAUGGCCCAGAAUGGAACCUGAAAAUGCCCAAGAUGAAAAUGCCCACGUUCAGCACUCUAGGAGCCAAAGGGGAAGGUCCAGAUGUGCAUAUGACUCUACCCAAAGGAGAUGUCAGUAUUUCAGGGCCCAAGGUCAAUGUGGAAGCCCCAGGUGUCAACUUGGAGGGCCUGGGGGGAAAACUUAAAGGCCCUGAUGUUAAGCUGCCUGAUAUGAGUGUCAAGACACCAAAGAUCUCCAUGCCUGAUGCAGAUUUGCACGUGAAAGGUACAAAGGUGAAGGGAGAGUAUGAUGUAACUGUACCAAAGCUUGAAGGAGAACUCAAAGGCCCGAAAGUGGACAUUGAUGCCCCAGAUGUGGAUGUUCAUGGCCCAGACUGGCACUUGAAGAUGCCCAAGAUGAAAAUGCCCAAAUUCAGUGUGCCAGGGUUCAAAGGAGAGGGCCCAGAAGUGGAUGUGAACCUGCCCAAGGCUGAUGUGGACUUUUCUGGACCCAAGGUAGAUGUUACUGCUCCUGAUGUGAGCAUUGAGGGACCAGAAGGGAAAUUGAAAGGGCCCAAGUUUAAGAUGCCUGAGAUGAACAUCAGAGUCCCCAAGAUCUCCAUGCCUGAUGUGGACUUACAUUUGAAAGGCCCUAACAUAAAGGGAGAAUAUGAUGUCACAAUGCCGAAGGUUGAAAGUGAGAUUAAAGUUCCUGAUGUUGAACUUAAAAGUGCCAAAAUGGACAUUGAUGUCCCAGAUGUGGAGCUUCAAGGCCCAGACUGGCACCUGAAGAUGCCCAAGAUGACAAUGCCCAAGUUCAGCAUGCCUGGCUUCAAAGCAGAGGGCCCAGAAGUGGAUGUGAACCUGCCCAAGGCUGACAUUGACAUCUCAGGACCCAAGGUGGGUGUUGAAGUUCCAGAUGUGAAUAUUGAAGGACCUGAAGGAAAGCUGAAGGGCCCCAAGUUCAAGAUGCCAGAGAUGAAUAUCAAGGCCCCCAAGAUCUCCAUGCCUGAUGUGGACUUGCAUAUGAAAGGUCCUAAAGUAAAGGGAGAAUAUGAUGUGACAGUGCCAAAGCUGGAAGGGGACCUGAAAGGCCCAAAAGUAGAUGUCAGUGCCCCAGAUGUUGAAAUGCAGGGUCCUGACUGGAACUUGAAGAUGCCAAAGAUUAAAAUGCCCAAAUUUAGCAUGCCCAGCCUCAAAGGAGAGGGGCCAGAAUUUGAUGUGAACCUGUCCAAAGCGAAUGUGGACAUUUCUGCACCAAAAGUAGAUAUUAGUGCUCCAGAUCUGAGCCUUGAAGGACCUGAAGGGAAGUUGAAAGGCCCGAAGUUUAAGAUGCCUGAGAUGCACUUCAAAGCUCCUAAGAUGUCUUUGCCAGAUGUUGACCUGGAUCUUAAAGGACAAAAAAUGAAAGGAAAUGUAGAUAUCUCUGCACCAAAGAUAGAGGGUGAAAUGCAGGUUCCAGAUGUGGACAUCAAAGAUCCCAAGGUAGACAUUAAAGCACCAGAUGUGGAAGGCCAAGGCCCAGACUGGAGCCUGAAAAUACCCAAGAUGAAAAUGCCCAAGUUCAGUAUGCCCAGCCUCAAAGGCGAGGGCCCAGAAGUGGAUGUGAACUUGCCUAAGGCUGACGUUGUUGUCUCAGGACCCAAGGUGGACAUUGAAGCCCCAGAUGUGAGCCUCGAAGGUCCAGAAGGGAAGCUGAAGGGUCCCAAGUUUAAGAUGCCUGAGAUGCAUUUCAAGACCCCCAAGAUCUCCAUGCCUGAUGUGGACUUACACUUGAAAGGCCCCAAAGUCAAAGGGGAUAUGGAUGUGUCUGUGCCCAAGGUAGAAGGUGAAAUGAAAGUGCCAGAUGUUGACAUUAAAGGACCCAAAGUGGACAUUGAUGCCCCAGAUUUGGAGGUUCAAGGCCCAGACUGGCACCUGAAGAUGCCCAAGAUGAAAAUGCCCAAGUUUGGCAUGCCUGGCUUCAAAAGAGAGGGCCCAGAAGUGGAUGUGAACCUGCCUAAGGCUGACAUUGAUGUCUCAGGACCCAGGGUGGAUGUUGAAGUUCCAGAUGUGAGCCUUGAGGGCCCGGAAGGAAAGCUGAAGGGCCCCAAGUUUAAGAUGCCUGAGAUGCACUUCAAGGCCCCCAAGAUCUCCAUGCCUGAUGUGGACUUACACUUGAAAGGCCCCAAAGUCAAAGGGGAUGUGGAUGUGUCUGUGCCCAAGGUAGAAGGUGAAAUGAAAGCACCAGAUGUUGAAAUCAAAGGACCCAAAAUGGAUAUUGAUGCCCCAGAUGUGGAGGUUCAAGGCCCAGACUGGCACCUGAAGAUGCCCAAGAUGAAAAUGCCCAAGUUCAGCAUGCCUGGCUUCAAAGGAGAGGGCCCAGAAGUGGAUGUGAACCUGCCCAAGGCUGACAUUGAUGUCUCAGGACCCAAGGUGGAUGUUGAAAUCCCAGAUGUGAGCCUUGAGGGCCCGGAAGGAAAGCUGAAGGGCCCCAAGUUUAAGAUGCCUGAGAUGCACUUCAAGGCCCCCAAGAUCUCCAUGCCUGAUGUGGACCUGAAUCUUAAGGGGCCAAAACUGAAGGGAGAUGUGGAUGUGUCCUUGCCUGAGGUAGAAGGUGAAAUGAAAGUGCCAGAUGUUGACAUUAAAGGGCCCAAAGUUGACAUUAGUGCUCCAGAUGUGGAUGUUCAUGGCCCGGAUUGGCACCUGAAGAUGCCCAAGGUGAAAAUGCCCAAGUUCAGCAUGCCUGGCUUCAAAGGAGAGGGCCCUGAGGUGGAUGUGAAGCUGCCCAAAGCUGAUGUUGAUGUCUCAGGACCCAAAGUGGAUGUUGAAGUUCCAGAUGUGAAUAUUGAAGGUCCAGACGCAAAACUAAAAGGUCCCAAAUUCAAGAUGCCAGAAAUGAGUAUAAAGCCUCAGAAGAUAUCCAUGCCAGAUGUUGGGUUGCAUUUGAAAGGUCCUAAAAUGAAAGGAGAUUAUGACGUUACAGUUCCAAAAGUAGAAGGGGAGAUAAAAGCUCCUGAUAUUGACAUCAAAGGCCCCAAAGUUGACAUUAAUGCACCAGAUGUGGAGGUUCAUGGCCCAGACUGGCACCUGAAGAUGCCCAAGGUAAAAAUGCCCAAGUUCAGCAUGCCUGGCUUCAAAGGAGAGGGCCCUGAAGUGGAUGUGAACCUGCCCAAGGCUGACAUUGGUGUUUCAGGACCCAAGGUGGACAUUGAUGUUCCAGAUGUGAAUCUUGAAGCUCCAGAGGGAAAACUAAAAGGCCCUAAGUUCAAGAUGCCAAGCAUGAAUAUACAGACACACAAAAUCUCUAUGCCUGAUGUUGGACUUAAUUUGAAAGCCCCUAAACUGAAAACUGAUGUAGAUGUUCCCCUUCCCAAAGUGGAAGGAGACUUGAAGGGUCCUGAAAUUGAUGUGAAAGCCCCUAAGAUGGAUGUGAAUGUUGGUGAUAUUGAUAUUGAAGGUCCAGAAGGGAAGUUGAAGGGCCCCAAGUUUAAGAUGCCUGAGAUGCAUUUCAAGACUCCCAAGAUCUCCAUGCCCGAUGUGGACUUACACUUGAAAGGCCCCAAAGUCAAAGGGGAUAUGGAUGUGUCUGUGCCAAAGGCAGAAGGUGAAAUGAAAGUGCCAGAUGUUGACAUUAAAGGGCCCAAAGUGGACAUUGCUGCCCCAGAUGUGGAGGUUCAUGGCCCAGAUUGGCACCUGAAAAUGCCCAAGAUGAAAAUCCCCAAGUUCAGUAUGCCUGGCUUCAAAGGAGAGGGCCCAGAAGUGGAUGUGAAUCUGCCAAAGGCUGACAUUGAUGUGUCUGGACCGAGUGUGGACAUUGAUGCUCCUGAUUUGGAUAUUGAGGGACCAGAAGGAAAGUUGAAAGGCUCCAAAUUUAAGAUGCCCAAGUUGAAUAUAAAAGCUCCCAAGAUCUCCAUGCCAGAUGUGGACUUGAAUUUGAAGGGACCCAAACUGAAGGGAGAGAUAGAUGCUUCUGUGCCAGAACUGGAAGGUGAUCUCAGAGGGCCGCAAGUUGAUAUCAAAGGUCCUUUUGUGGAAGCAGAGGUGCCUGAUGUUGAUCUGGAGUGUCCUGAUGCAAAGUUGAAAGGGCCCAAGUUUAAGAUGCCUGAGAUGCACUUCAAGGCCCCCAAGAUCUCCAUGCCUGAUGUGGACUUAAACCUGAAAGGCCGCAAAGUCAAAGGGGAUAUGGAUGUGUCUGUGCCCAAGGUAGAAGGUGAAAUGAAAGUGCCAGAUGUUGACAUCAAAGGACCCAAAAUGGACAUUGAUGCCCCAGAUGUGGAUGUUCAUGGCCCAGACUGGCACCUGAAGAUGCCCAAGAUGAAAAUGCCCAAGUUCAGCAUGCCUGGCUUCAAAGCAGAGGGCCCUGAAGUGGAUGUGAAUUUACCCAAGGCUGAUGUUGAUGUCUCAGGACCCAAGGUGGAUGUUGAAGUCCCAGAUGUGAGCCUUGAAGGUCCAGAAGGGAAGCUGAAGGGCCCCAAGUUUAAGAUGCCUGAGAUGCACUUCAAGACCCCCAAGAUCUCCAUGCCUGAUGUGGACUUACACUUGAAAGGCCCCAAAGUCAAAGGGGAUAUGGAUGUAUCGGUGCCAAAAUUGGAAGGAGAUUUAACAGGCCCCAGUUUGGAUGUGGAGGUGCCUGAUGUUGAGCUGGAGUGUCCUGAUGCAAAGUUGAAAGGCCCUAAAUUUAAGAUGCCAGACAUGCACUUCAAGGCCCCCAAGAUCUCCAUGCCUGAUGUGGACUUACACUUGAAAGGCCCCAAAGUCAAAGGGGAUGUGGAUGUGUCGGUGCCAAAAUUGGAGGGAGAUUUAACAGGCCCCAGUUUGGAUGUGGAGGUGCCUGAUGUUGAGCUGGAGUGUCCUGAUGCAAAGUUGAAAGGCCCUAAAUUUAAGAUGCCAGACAUGCACUUCAAGGCCCCCAAGAUCUCCAUGCCUGAUGUGGACUUACACUUGAAAGGCCCCAAAGUCAAAGGGGAUAUGGAUGUGUCAGUGCCAAAAUUGGAGGGAGAUUUAACAGGCCCCAGUGUAGAUGUGGAGGUGCCUGAUGUUGAGCUGGAGUGUCCUGAUGCAAAGUUGAAAGGGCCCAAGUUUAAGAUGCCUGAGAUGCACUUCAAGACCCCCAAGAUCUCCGUGCCUGAUGUCAACUUAAACUUGAAAGGCCCCAAAGUCAAAGGGGAUGUGGAUGUGUCUGUGCCCAAAAUAGAAGGUGAAAUGAAAGUGCCAGAUGUUGACAUCAAAGGGCCCAAAGUGGACAUUGAUGCCCCAGAUGUGGAUGUUCAUGGCCCAGACUGGAACCUGAAGAUGCCUAAGAUGAAAAUGCCCAAGUUCAGCAUGCCUGGCUUCAAAGGAGAGGGCCCAGAAGUGGAUGUGAAUUUACCCAAGGCUGAUGUUGAUGUCUCAGGACCCAAGGUGGAUGUUGAAGUCCCAGAUGUGAGCCUCGAAGGUCCAGAAGGGAAGCUGAAGGGCCCCAAGUUUAAGAUGCCUGAGAUGCACUUCAAGACCCCCAAGAUCUCCAUGCCUGAUGUUGAUUUCAAUUUAAAGGGACCCAAAAUCAAAGGAGAUGUUGAUGUUUCUGCCCCAAAGCUGGAGGGAGAGUUAAAAGGUCCAGAAUUGGAUGUCAAAGGUCCCAAGUUAGAUGCUGACAUGCCAGAAGUAGCUGUGGAAGGUCCAAAUGGCAAGUGGAAAACUCCUAAGUUCAAGAUGCCAGAUAUGCACUUUAAAGCUCCCAAAAUCUCUAUGCCAGACCUCGAUCUACACUUGAAGAGCCCCAAGGCAAAAGGAGAGGUGGAUGUAGAUGUUCCCAAAUUGGAAGGGGACCUUAAAGGGCCACAUGUGGAUGUCAGUGGGCCAGACAUUGACAUUGAGGGACCAGAGGGCAAAUUGAAAGGCCCUAAGUUCAAGAUGCCUGAUAUGCAUUUCAAAGCCCCCAAUAUUUCUAUGCCUGAUGUUGACCUAAAUAUCAAAGGGCCCAAAAUCAAGGGGGAUGUAGAUGUGUCUGUGCCUGAGGUAGAAGGUAAAAUUGAAGUACCAGAUGUGAACAUCAAGGGCCCCAAAGUUGAUGUAAAUGCCCCUGAUGUCCAAGGUCCAGACUGGCACCUGAAGAUGCCCAAGAUGAAAAUGCCCAAAUUCAGCAUGCCUGGCUUCAAAGCAGAGGGCCCUGAAGUAGAUGUCAACUUGCCCAAGGCUGACGUUGAUGUCUCAGGACCCAAGGUGGACAUUGAAGGCCCUGAUGUUAAUAUUGAAGGACCAGAGGGAAAGUUGAAAGGGCCUAAGUUCAAGAUGCCAGAGAUGAACAUCAAAGCCCCCAAGAUCUCCAUGCCUGACUUUGAUUUGCAUCUGAAAGGUCCCAAGGUGAAGGGUGAUGUGGAUGUUUCUCUGCCCAAAGUGGAAGGUGACCUCAAGGGCCCCGAAGUUGACAUCAAGGGGCCUAAAGUGGAUAUCGAUGCCCCAGAUGUGGGUGUUCAAGGCCCAGACUGGCACCUGAAGAUGCCCAAGAUGAAAAUGCCAAAGUUCAGCAUGCCUGGCUUCAAAGGGGAGGGCCCAGAUGUGGAUGUGAAGCUGCCCAAGGCUGACAUUGAUGUCUCAGGACCCAAAGUGGACAUUGAAGGCCCUGAUGUUAACAUUGAAGGACCAGAGGGAAAGUUGAAAGGGCCUAAGUUCAAGAUGCCAGAGAUGAAUAUCAAAGCCCCCAAGAUCUCCAUGCCUGAUAUUGACUUAAACCUGAAAGGACCCAAAGUAAAGGGUGGUGUGGAUGUUUCCCUUCCUAAAGUGGAAGGUGACCUCAAGGGCCCAGAAGUUGACAUCAAGUUCCCAAAAGUGGACAUUGACGCACCUGAUGUUGAUGUUCAUGGCCCAGACUGGCACCUAAAGAUGCCCAAGAUAAAAAUGCCCAAGAUCAGCAUGCCUGGCUUCAAAGGAGAAGGUCCAGAUGUGGACGUGAACCUGCCCAAGGCUGACCUUGAUGUCUCAGGACCCAAAGUGGAUAUUGAAUGUCCCGAUGUGAAUAUCGAAGGACCUGAAGGAAAGUGGAAAAGUCCAAAGUUUAAGAUGCCUGAGAUGCAUUUUAAGACUCCAAAGAUAUCCAUGCCAGAUAUUGACCUGAAUCUUACAGGUCCAAAAAUAAAAGGAGAUGUGGAUAUUACAGGCCCUAAGGUAGAGGGAGAUCUGAAAGGUCCUGAAGUUGACCUCAAAGGCCCCAAAGUGGACAUUGAUGUCCCAGAUGUUAAUGUUCAGGGUCCAGACUGGCACCUGAAGAUGCCCAAGAUGAAAAUGCCCAAGUUCAGCAUGCCUGGCUUCAAAGCAGAGGGCCCUGAAGUGGAUGUGAACCUGCCCAAGGCUGACGUUGAUGUCUCAGGCCCCAAAGUGGACGUUGAAGGUCCUGAUGUUAACAUUGAAGGACCAGAGGGAAAGUUAAAAGGGCCUAAGUUCAAGAUGCCAGAGAUGAAUAUCAAAGCCCCCAAGAUCUCCAUGCCUGACUUUGAUUUGCAUCUGAAAGGUCCCAAGGUGAAGGGUGAUGUGGAUGUUUCUCUGCCCAAAGUGGAAGGUGACCUUAAGGGCCCCGAAAUUGACAUCAAGGGUCCCAAAGUGGACAUUGAUGUCCCAGAUGUGGACGUUCAAGGCCCAGACUGGCACCUAAAAAUGCCCAAAAUGAAAAUGCCCAAAUUCAGCAUGCCUGGCUUCAAAGGAGAGGGCCCAGAUAUGGAUGUGAACCUGCCCAAGGCUGACCUUGAUGUCUCAGGGCCCAAGGUGGACAUUGAUGUUCCAGAUGUCAAUAUUGAAGGUCCAGAGGGGAAGUUGAAAGGUCCCAAGUUCAAGAUGCCUGAGAUGAACAUCAAAGCCCCCAAGAUCUCCAUGCCUGACAUUGAUCUUAACCUGAAAGGUCCCAAAAUGAAGAGUGAUAUGGAUGUGUCUCUGCCAAAAGUGGAAGGUGACAUGAAAGUUCCUGACGUGGAUAUUAAAGGCCCAAAAGUGGAUAUUAAUGCCCCAGAUGUGGAUGUUCAGGGCCCAGACUGGCACCUGAAGAUGCCUAAGAUAAAAAUGCCCAAGAUCACCAUGCCUGGCUUCAAAGGGGAAGGUCCAGAAGUGGAUGUGAACCUGCCCAAGGCUGACCUUGAUGUCUCAGGACCCAAGGUGGACAUUGAUGUUCCAGAUGUGAAUAUUGAAGGUCCAGAUGCGAAACUGAAGGGCCCUAAAUUCAAGAUGCCAGAGAUGAACAUCAAAGCUCCUAAAAUAUCAAUGCCUGAUUUGGACCUCAAUCUUAAAAGCCCUAAAAUGAAAGGAGAGGUGGAUGUUUCGCUUCCAAAUGUAGAAGGUGAUUUGAAAGGGCCUGCUCUUGACAUAAAAGGCCCAAAGAUAGAUGUAGAUGCUCCAGAUAUUGAUAUUCAUGGCCCAGAUGCCAAAUUAAAAGGUCCAAAACUGAAGAUGCCUGACAUGCAUGUAAACAUGCCCAAGAUCUCCAUGCCAGAAAUUGACUUGAAUUUGAAAGGCUCAAAGCUUAAGGGAGAUGUUGAGGUCUCUGGGCCCAAGUUGGAAGGUGACAUUAAAGCUCCCAGUUUGGAUAUAAAGGGCCCAGAAGUGGACGUUUCCGGUCCUAAGCUUAAUAUUGAAGGCAAGUCAAAGAAAUCUCGUUUUAAGCUUCCCAAAUUUAAUUUUUCGGGCUCCAAAGUUCAGACACCUGAAGUGGAUGUCAAAGGUAAAAAGCCAGAUAUUGACAUAACAGGUCCAAAAGUUGAUAUUAAUGCUCCUGAUGUCGAGGUCCAAGGAAAAGUGAAAGGAUCCAAGUUUAAAAUGCCUUUCCUGAGUAUUUCAUCUCCCAAAGUUUCUAUGCCUGAUGUGGAGCUAAAUUUGAAAGGUCCCAAAGUCAAAGGAGACUUAGAUAUUGCGGGUCCCAAUUUAGAAGGUGACUUUAAAGGCCCCAAAGUGGAUAUUAAGGCACCAGAAGUCAGUCUUAAUGCACCUGAUGUGGAUGUUCAUGGUCCAGACUGGAAUCUGAAAAUGCCCAAGAUGAAAAUGCCCAAAUUCAGUGUGCCUGGCUUAAAAGCAGAAGGGCCAGAUGUGGCUGUGGAUCUACCAAAAGGAGACAUCAACAUAGAGGGCCCAAGUAUGAACAUUGAGGGCCCAGAUCUCAACGUGGAAGGUCCGGAGGGAGGCUUGAAAGGUCCCAAAUUCAAGAUGCCUGACAUGAAUAUCAAAGCUCCCAAGAUCUCCAUGCCUGACAUUGACUUAAACUUGAAGGGCCCCAAGGUGAAAGGUGAUGUGGAUAUUUCUCUUCCCAAACUUGAAGGGGAUCUGAAAGGGCCAGAGGUUGAUAUCAAAGGCCCUAAAGUGGACAUCAAUGCCCCAGAUGUGGAUGUUCAUGGUCCAGACUGGCAUCUGAAGAUGCCCAAAGUGAAAAUGCCCAAGUUCGGCAUGCCCGGCUUCAAAGGAGAGGGCUCUGAAGUCGAUGUUACCCUCCCUAAAGCUGACAUUGACAUUUCUGGUCCCAAUGUAGACAUUGAUGUUCCAGAUGUGAAUAUUGAAGGUCCAGAUGCAAAGCUGAAGGGCCCCAAGUUCAAGAUGCCUGAGAUGAACAUCAAAGUCCCCAAGAUCUCCAUGCCUGACUUUGACCUGAACUUGAAGGGACCCAAAAUGAAGGGUGAUGUGGAUGUGUCUUUGCCCAAAGUGGAAGGUGAUCUAAAAGGCCCUGAGGUGGACAUCAAGGGCCCCAAAGUGGACAUUGAGACUCCUGACAUUAAUAUCGAAGGCCCAGAGGGUAAAUUGAAGGGACCCAAAUUUAAGAUACCAGAGAUGCACCUGAAGGCUCCCAAAAUUUCGAUGCCUGACAUUGAUUUAAACCUGAAGGGCCCCAAAGUCAAGGGUGAUGUGGAUGUUUCUCUGCCCAAAGUGGAAGGUGACCUUAAGGGCCCUGAAGUUGACAUCAAGGGCCCCAAAGUGGACAUUAAUGCUCCGGAUGUUGAUGUUCAAGGCCCAGACUGGCACCUGAAGAUGCCCAAGGUGAAAAUGCCCAAGUUCAGCAUGCCUGGCUUCAAAGGAGAGGGUCCAGAUGUGGAUGUGAACCUGCCCAAGGCUGACCUUGAUGUCUCAGGGCCCAAGGUGGACAUUGAUGUUCCAGAUGUCAAUAUUGAAGGUCCAGAGGGAAAGUUGAAAGGUCCCAAAUUCAAGAUGCCUGAGAUGAACAUCAAAGCCCCCAAGAUCUCCAUGCCUGACAUUGAUCUUAACCUGAAAGGUCCCAAAAUGAAGAGUGAUAUGGAUGUGUCUCUGCCAAAAGUGGAAGGUGACAUGAAAGUUCCUGACGUGGAUAUUAAAGGCCCCAAAGUGGAUAUUAAUGCCCCAGAUGUGGAUGUUCAAGGCCCAGACUGGCACCUGAAGAUGCCUAAGAUAAAAAUGCCCAAGAUCACCAUGCCUGGCUUCAAAGGGGAAGGUCCAGAAGUGGAUGUGAACCUGCCCAAGGCUGACCUUGACGUCUCAGGACCCAAGGUGGACAUUGAUGUUCCAGAUGUGAAUAUCGAAGGUCCAGAUGCGAAACUGAAGGGCCCUAAAUUCAAGAUGCCAGAGAUGAACAUCAAAGCCCCCAAGAUCUCCAUGCCUGACUUUGAUUUGCAUUUGAAAGGCCCUAAGGUGAAAGGAGAUGUGGAUGUUUCUCUGCCUAAGAUGGAAGGUGAUCUAAAGGCCCCUGAAGUUGACAUCAAGGGCCCCAAAGUGGACAUUGAUGCCCCAGAUGUGGAUGUUCAUGGCCCAGACUGGCACCUGAAGAUGCCCAAGGUGAAAAUGCCCAAAUUCAGCAUGCCGGGAUUUAAAGGAGAGGGCCCAGAAGUGGAUGUUAAUUUGCCCAAAGCUGACAUUGAUGUCUCAGGACCCAAAGUGGACAUUGACACUCCUGAUAUUGAUAUUCAUGGUCCAGAAGGGAAACUGAAGGGCCCCAAAUUUAAAAUGCCUGACUUACACCUCAAGGCUCCGAAGAUCUCUAUGCCUGAAGUUGACCUGAAUCUGAAAGGUCCAAAGGUGAAGGGCGACGUGGACGUUUCUCUGCCCAAAGUGGAAGGCGACCUCAAGGGCCCCGAAGUUGACAUCAAGGGCCCCAAAGUGGACAUUGAUGUCCCAGAUGUGGACGUUCAAGGCCCAGACUGGCACUUAAAAAUGCCCAAAGUGAAAAUGCCCAAGUUCAGCAUGCCUGGUUUUAAAGGAGAGGGCCCAGAAGUGGAUGUGAACCUGCCCAAGGCUGACCUUGACGUCUCAGGACCCAAGGUGGACAUUGAUGUUCCAGAUGUGAAUAUCGAAGGUCCAGAUGCGAAACUGAAGGACCCUAAAUUCAAGAUGCCUGAGAUGAACAUCAAAGCCCCCAAGAUCUCCAUACCUGACUUUGAUUUGCAUCUGAAAGGACCCAAAGUGAAGGGUGAUGUGGAUGUUUCCCUUCCUAAAGUGGAAGGUGACCUCAAGGGUCCAGAAGUUGACAUCAAGGGCCCCAAAGUGGACAUCGACGCCCCUGAUGUGGAUGUUCAUGGCCCAGACUGGCACCUGAAGAUGCCCAAGGUGAAAAUGCCCAAAUUCAGCAUGCCAGGAUUCAAAGGAGAGGGCCCAGAUGUGGAUGUUACCCUUCCUAAGGCUGACAUUGACAUUUCUGGCCCCAAAGUGGACACUGAUGCCCCUGAUGUCAGUAUCGAAGGUCCAGAUGCAAAACUGAAGGGUCCGAAGUUCAAGAUGCCAGAGAUGAACAUCAAGGCCCCCAAAAUCUCCAUGCCUGACAUUGACUUUAACUUGAAGGGUCCCAAAGUGAAGGGUGAUGUGGAUGUCUCUCUACCCAAAGUCGAAGGUGAUCUCAAGGGCCCUGAAAUUGACAUAAAAGGCCCCAGUUUGGACAUUGACACCCCUGAUGUCAAUAUUGAAGGUCCGGAAGGAAAAUUGAAGGGGCCCAAAUUUAAGAUGCCUGAGAUGAACAUCAAAGCUCCCAAGAUCUCCAUGCCUGACUUUGAUUUGCACCUGAAAGGUCCCAAAGUAAAGGGUGAUGUGGAUGUUUCACUACCUAAGGUGGAAGGUGAUCUGAAAGGGCCAGAGGUAGACAUUGAAGGUCCUGAAGGGAAGCUCAAAGGUCCCAAGUUUAAGAUGCCUGAUGUUCAUUUCAAAACCCCACAAAUCUCCAUGAGUGACAUUGAUUUGAAUUUGAAAGGACCUAAGAUAAAAGGAGAUAUGGACAUUUCCGUUCCUAAACUGGAGGGAGAUCUGAAAGGUCCCAAAGUGGAUGUCAAAGGCCCUAAAGUGGACAUUGACACUCCUGAUAUUGACAUUCAUGGUCCAGAAGGGAAACUGAAGGGCCCCAAAUUUAAAAUGCCUGACUUACACCUCAAGGCACCGAAGAUCUCUAUGCCUGAAGUUGACCUGAAUCUGAAAGGUCCAAAGGUGAAGGGCGACAUGGAUGUUUCUCUGCCCAAAGUGGAAGGCGACCUCAAGGGCCCCGAAGUUGACAUCAAGGGCCCCAGAGUGGACAUUGAUGUCCCAGAUGUGGACGUUCAAGGCCCAGACUGGCACCUAAAAAUGCCCAAAGUGAAAAUGCCCAAGUUCAGUAUACCUGGUUUUAAAGGAGAGGGCCCAGAAGUGGAUGUGAACCUGCCCAAGGCUGACAUUGAUGUCUCAGGACCCAAAGUGGACAUUGAUGUUCCAGAUGUGAAUAUCGAAGGUCCAGAUGCGAAACUAAAGGGCCCCAAGUUCAAGAUGCCUGAGAUGAACAUCAAAGCCCCCAAGAUCUCCAUGCCUGAUAUUGACUUAAACCUGAAAGGACCCAAAGUGAAGGGCGAUGUGGAUGUUUCCCUUCCUAAAGUAGAAGGGGACCUCAAGGGCCCAGAAGUUGACAUCAGGGGCCCAAAAGUGGACAUCAACGCCCCUGAUGUGGAUGUUCAUGGCCCAGACUGGCACCUGAAGAUGCCCAAGGUGAAAAUGCCCAAAUUCAGCAUGCCUGGCUUCAAAGGAGAAGGUCCAGAUGUGGAUGUGAGCCUGCCCAAGGCCAACAUCGAUGUCACGGGACCCAAGGUGGACGUUGAUGUUCCAGAUGUGAAUAUCGAAGGUCCAGACGCAAAACUGAAGGGCCCCAAGUUCAAGAUGCCUGAAAUAAAUAUCAAAGCUCCCAAGAUCUCCAUGCCUGAUGUUGACCUGGAUUUGAAAGGACCCAGAGUAAAAGGAGAUUUUGAUGUGUCUGUGCCUAAGGUUGAAGGGACUUUGAAAGGCCCAGAAGUAGACCUUAAAGGUCCAAGUCUGGAUUUUGAAGGCCCCGAUGCCAAACUCAGUGGCCCAUCUUUGAAGAUGCCAUCGCUGGAGAUAUCUGCUCCUAAAGUAACUGCUCCUGAUGUUGAUUUGCAUCUCAAGGCACCAAAAAUUGGAUUUUCAGGUCCGAAGUUAGAAGGUGGUGAAGUGGACCUCAAGGGACCCAAAGUUGAAGCUCCAAGCUUAGAUGUACACAUGGACAGCCCAGAUAUUAACAUCGAAGGGCCAGAUAUUAAAAUCCCCAAAUUUAAGAAACCUAAGUUUGGAUUUGGGGCAAAAAGCCCCAAAGCUGACAUCAAGUCACCUUCACUAGAUGUCACUGUUCCUGAGGCAGAGCUGAACCUUGAGACUCCUGAAAUUAGUGUUGGUGGCAAGGGCAAGAAAAGUAAGUUUAAAAUGCCUAAAAUUCAUAUGAGUGGUCCUAAAAUUAAGGCCAAAAAACAGGGAUUUGACUUGAAUGUUCCUGGGGGUGAAAUUGAUGCCAGUCUCAAGGCUCCGGAUGUAGAUGUCAACAUCGCAGGGCCGGAUGCUGCACUCAAAGUCGACGUGAAAUCGCCCAAAACCAAGAAAACGAUGUUUGGAAAAAUGUACUUCCCAGAUGUAGAGUUUGACAUUAAAUCACCUAAAUUUAAAGCUGAGGCCCCUCUCCCUAGCCCCAAAUUGGAGGGUGAACUCCAGGCACCUGAUCUGGAACUUUCUUCGCCAGGGAUUCAUGUCGAAGGUCUUGACAUCAAGGCGAAGGCUCCCAAGGUCAAGAUGCCAGAUGUGGACAUCUCAGUGCCAAAAGUAGAGGGUGACCUGAAAGGCCCCAGAGUGCAGGCAAACUUGGGUGCACCUGACAUCAACAUCGAAGGCCCAGAUGCUAAAGUCAAAACACCGUCCUUCGGCAUUUCUGCCCCUCAAGUCUCCAUCCCUGAUGUGAAUGUGAACUUGAAAGGACCAAAGAUAAAGGGUGAUGUCCCCAGCGUGGGACUGGAAGGACCAGAUGUAGAUCUGCAAGGUCCAGAAGCAAAAAUUAAGUUCCCCAAGUUUUCCAUGCCCAAGAUCGGCAUCCCUGGUGUGAAAAUGGAGGGUGGGGGAGCCGAGGUCCAUGCCCAGCUACCCUCUCUUGAAGGAGACUUGAGAGGACCAGAUGUUAAGCUUGAAGGGCCCGAUGUUUCUCUAAAGGGGCCAGGAGUAGACUUGCCUUCAGUGAACCUCUCUAUGCCAAAAGUCUCUGGGCCUGACCUUGAUCUGAACUUGAAAGGACCAAGUUUGAAGGGAGACCUGGAUGCAUCUGUUCCCAGCAUGAAGGUGCAUGCUCCAGGGCUCGACCUCAGCGGUGUCGGUGGCAAAAUGCAGGUGGGAGGAGAUGGUGUGAAAGUGCCAGGGAUCGAUGCCACAACAAAGUUUAACGUUGGGGCACCAGAUGUGACACUGAGGGGACCAAGCCUGCAGGGAGAUCUGGCUGUCUCUGGUGACAUCAAAUGCCCUAAAGUAUCCGUAGGAGCUCCUGAUCUAAGCUUGGAGGCAUCUGAAGGCAGCAUUAAACUUCCCAAAAUGAAGCUGCCCCAAUUUGGCAUCUCUACUCCAGGGUCCGACUUGCAUGUUAAUGCCAAGGGGCCACAGGUUUCUGGCGAACUGAAGGGGCCAGAUGUGGAUGUGAACCUGAAAGGGCCUCAGAUUUCAGCACCGAAUGUGGACUUUAACUUGGAAGGACCAAAAGUGAAAGGGAGCCUUGGAGCCACUGGUGAGAUCAAAGGCCCCACUGUCGGAGGAGGUCUUCCAGGCAUCAGUGUUCAAGGCCUAGAAGGAAACCUCCAGAUGCCUGGAAUUAAGUCCUCUGGAUGUGAUGUGAACCUGCCAGGCGUGAAUGUGAAACUCCCAACUGGGCAGAUUUCUGGGCCUGAAAUCAAAGGUGGUCUGAAAGGUUCAGAAGUAGGUUUCCAUGGGGCUAUUCCCGAUAUCAGUGUGAAGGGGCCUUCCUUUAAUAUGGCAUCUCCUGAGUCAGAUUUUGGCAUUAACCUGAAGGGCCCAAAAAUCAAAGGAGGUGUGGAUGUUUCAGGGGGUGUCAGUGCCCCAGACAUCAGCCUCGGUGAAGGGCAUGUGAGUGUUAAAGGUUCCGGGGGUGAGUGGAAGGGACCCCAAGUCUCCUCUGCUCUCAACUUGGACACAUCUAAAUUUGCUGGGGGCCUUCAUUUCUCAGGACCAAAGGUGGAAGGAGGUGUGAAAGGAGGUCAGAUUGGACUCCAGGCUCCUGGGCUGAGUGUGUCUGGGCCUCAAGGUCACUUGGAAAGUGGAUCUGGAAAAGUAACAUUCCCUAAAAUGAAGAUCCCCAAAUUUACCUUCUCUGGCCGUGAGCUGGUUGGCAGAGAAGUGGGGGUGGAUGUUCACUUCCCUAAAGCAGAGGCCAGCAUCCAAGCUGGUGCCGGAGACGGCGAGUGGGAAGAGUCUGAAGUCAAACUGAAAAAGUCCAAAAUCAAAAUGCCCAAGUUUAAUUUUUCCAAACCUAAAGGGAAAGGUGGUGUCACUGGCUCACCAGAAGCAUCCAUUUCUGGGUCCAAAGGUGACCUGAAAAGUUCAAAGGCCAGCCUGGGCUCUCUGGAAGGAGAGGCAGAGGCCGAAGCCUCUUCACCGAAAGGCAAAUUCUCCUUAUUUAAAAGUAAGAAGCCACGGCACCGCUCAAAUUCAUUCAGUGAUGAAAGAGAGUUCUCUGGACCUUCCACCCCGACGGGGACUCUGGAGUUUGAAGGUGGGGAAGUGUCGCUGGAAGGUGGGAAAGUUAAAGGGAAACACGGGAAGCUGAAAUUCGGUACCUUUGGUGGAUUGGGGUCAAAGAGCAAAGGUCAUUAUGAGGUGACUGGGAGUGAUGAUGAGACAGGCAAGUUACAGGGGAGUGGGGUGUCCCUGGCCUCUAAGAAGUCCCGGCUGUCCUCCUCUUCUAGCAAUGACAGUGGGAAUAAGGUUGGCAUCCAGCUUCCCGAGGUGGAGCUGUCAGUUUCCACAAAGAAAGAGUAGCAGGCCUUUGUAUGUGUGUACAUAUAUAUAUAUAUAUAACAAAACAUCAGCCUUGGGUGUGUUCCUAUAUAAACUCCAAAGGGAAACACACCGACCGCCUCAGCAAUCAUGCAAAGAUCUUGCCUGGCCUGGUGGCAAGCGCUGAAAAACCGACCGCCUGUAGGCUCCUGGAACUAUACAGAUAGGUAAAGAGUUCCAAGUUCGUCCAGCCCAUGUGCAAAGUCAACAGUAUUUGCCUUAAGAUUUCAUAUAUAUAUAUUUUUUUGCAUUGACUGCUGAGAGCUCCUGUUUACUAAGCAAGCUUUUGUGUUUAUUAUCCUCAUUUUUAUUGAAUAUUUUUAGUUUUGGGGUAAUGGAAACCCACUUUUUCAUUGUAAUGACUUUGGGGGCUUUUGUUAGUAAGGGUGGGUGGGGUGAUGGGUUGCAGACGGAGGUCAGGUCUUCCUCUUUCCUGAGACUGGAUCUGUUCAAACAGCAAACACCCACAGAUGGCCCAGAGGUGGUGGUAGUCAGGGUGUGUGGGUGUUUUUAGGGUUCUUUAGCGUUGCUUCUUUCACCCAGGGGUGGUGGUCCCAGCCAGUUUGGUGCUGAUGGUGAGAGGAAAUUAGAAUCUGUUUGCAAAUUGUCCAACCCACCCCCUCAACAUGAGGGGCCUCCAUUUUCUGUGUUUUGUAAGGGAACUGUUUCUUUCAUGCCGCCAUGUUCCUGAUAUUAGUUCUGAUUUCUUUUUAACAAAUGCUAUCAUGAUUAAGAAAAUUUCCAGCACUUUAAUGGCCAAUUAACUGAGAAUGUAAGAAAAUUGAUGCUGUACAAGGCAAAUAAAGCUGUUUAUUAACCUUGA